AUGCUUGUUGCUGAAUGUUUAACAUCACUGUUAUUUCCAUUUCAAUGGACACUACUUUAUGUUCCAAUUGUAUUUACUGCUGCAUUUGUAUGUCUUGAUGUACCUGUACCUGCUAUAAUGGAUCUUUGUAUAAAUAAAUCGAAUGUAAAUUCCGAUGGUAAAAAUAUUGAUGAUGAUGGUAGAUCUAGUGAUACAAGCGAUGAAUUAACAUUUGAAGUUCAACGAUGCGUUGUUCAUAUUGAUACUGGACAUAUUAAAUUGCCUGAUGAUAUGCCACGUUUUCCAGAUCGAACUUGUUUUAUAAAUAAAUUAAAUAAUAUUUUAUUACGAUUUAAUAAUUAUAUUCAUAGUAAUUUACCAAAAAAAUCUUUUAAAACUAAACAAAAAUAUCAACAGAGUGAAGAUUGGACACAUAUUGAUGAUGAAAAUUUAUUAAAAGAAUCUAAUUAUGAACCAAGUCAAGCAUUAGCAAGACUUGCAGCAAUAGCUAAACGUGCUGGAAUUGUUAUUAAUAAUAAUGAUGAUGAAAAUAGUAAUAGUAGACUAUCAUGUUUAUUUAAUGAAUCUGAAUUACAUCGAAUAUCAGCGAAUAAUUGUUUACGUGCAUCAUUUAUCAAUCGUUUUGCCCAAUUAUUUAGUCAAAUGGAUGCAUUUAUAUGUUAUCCACCAGUGGGCAAAUAUUCUAAUGUUGAUCAAUUGUUAGCACAACGAAGUACAACAAAAAAUUUUGAUCGAACUAUGUUUAUUGCUGAUCAACCAAAACCACAUGUGCCUUUUUUACUUGCAUUUAUGGAAACACAAUCAUUUGUUUCAUUUGUUGAUAGUAAAAUUGCAUCAAAAUUUAAUGAAGAUAAUCAUCUUUUUGGUUUAACUAAUAAACAUUUACAAUAUUUUUCUGAUCAUAUUCGUUUAUAUCGUGAUUGUCGUGAUUUAACUUAUCAAUAUUGUUCAUCAAUUGAUUCAAUUGAUGAAGAAACUCGUCGUCGUUUUACUUCACCUUUUCCAUCUUCAUUAAUUGUAAUGAAUGCACCAUUAGUGCGUCCACUUGAUAAUUCAUUUUCUACAUCGAAUAAUUCUUAUUUAUUUGAAAAUCUUAAUGGAAGUUUACUUGAAUCAACAACAUCCAUAGAUAUAUCUUCAUCUUUAUCUAGUGGAAUUUCAAAAAGAAAUUCUCGUUUAACUCGAUCAUUUCAAACAGAACAUCCACGACGACGUAUUACAAGAAUAAAAAAACAACAAACAGUUGCUUCUAAUGAACAUCCACAAACUGUUGUUCUUCUUGAAAAUGAUGUUGUUUUUCAACAAUUACUUAAAGAAUGUACUACUAAAACAAAACGAAUGGUUAUUGAAAAAAUGGAAGAUAUUGUUGAAGGUUCAUCAGCAAUAAAAAAUGUUGAUUCAUCAUCAAUGGUUAAUUUAGAAGAAAAUGUUUUAAUAGCAGGUUUUUGUGAUUUACUUGAACUUACUUGGUCUCAUGAUCUUCAUCAUAAACCAAAUGGAAAAUCUGCUUUAUGGAAUCAUAUUAAAUAUUAUGUUAAACUUAUAAAUUAUGAAUCAACACAAAUGUCUCAUGCCGGUCUUCCAGUAACAUUGAAUAAAGAUGAAAAUCCAGCUGUUGUUUGGUGUUUAAUGAGAAAACAAUUAGUAAAUCGUAGUUCAUCAGCUAGUCGAUCACAAUCUCCCAGUGGUCAUCGUUCUCAUACUCUUCCACGUCCUCAAAUGAGCCUACAUCAAGUACGUUCAUCACCUCUAUUAGCAAUGGCAACUUCAGCAUUCAAUCUUGCUCCAUCCGAUAAUAUGAUGAUAACUAAUCAAUCGAAUACAUCUCUAGCACAUGAUUUUCAUUCUAUUGAAUUAUGUUUUGGACAUAAUCCAGUGUGUGUUUCAGCAUCUGAAAUUGGUUUUGCUCGUGCAUUUGUUCGUUUGGCACUUGAACGUCGUCUUUUAUCUCGUCAUUUAUCUGAAUUAUUUUCUCAUAGUGAUCUUUUACGAGCUUUAUAUAAACGUGAAGCUUUUUUACGUACCGAUGAUGGAGAUUUAAGAAAACAAUUUUUAGCUCAUAUUGAAUCGCUUCAAUUACUUGAUUAUAAAUGUUUUUCAAAUUCUUAUCCAGAUAUUGAAAUUUUUUAUCAUGUUAUUAUUGUUCCUACCAGAGCACGAGCAACAGGAAUUUCUAGUACAACAACUGUUAAUCCAUAUAUUGCAUUAGCUGGUAUUUUGGGAUCAACAAAAGUUAUACCAUUACCAUCAAAAAAUACACUUGAAAAUAAAUUCAAAGUAAAAUCUUGA